AUGCGACGAGGCAUGGUUGUUUUUUCUGGAUCGUCGCAUCCAAGUCUCACUGAUGAUAUAUGUCAGCAGCUCUCCUGUUAUCCUGCCCAAAGAUGUUUGUCCAAAUUCAGCAACAAUGAAACUCGUUUCGAGUUACACGAAGAAGACGUCAGAGACAAAGGUGUUUUUAUUGUGCAAUCGGGUUCAAGCCAACAACAUCAAGUCAAUGACUAUCUCAUGGAAUUACUUACAAUGAUACAUGCUUGCAAGGCGGCAUCGGCAAAGAAAAUUGUAGCCGUUUUACCAUUCUUCCCGUAUUCUCGACAACCAAACAUACCAUAUACUACAGCAACAGGGGCACCAUCUUCUCCAUCCACUACUACUACCACCCCUGCUUCACCAUCCACAAUAUCCAAUUCUUCAUAUCCUCCAAAUUACCGUUAUCGUUUUGCAAGAGGAGGUACUUUGGUGGCGAACCUCUUGAUGUGUGCAGGGGUGGACCAUAUCAUCACGCUGGACCUGCAUGAUCCGCAAUUUCAAGGCUUUUUUGAUUGCCCCGUUGAGAACUUGACAUCCAAAUUGAUCAUUACAAAGUACAUUCAGCAACGUAUCCCCAAUCACGAGGAAGCCGUCAUUGUCUCGCCUGAUGCUGGUGGAGCCAAAAGGGCAACAGCGAUCGCUGAACACCUUCAAAUGGACUUUGCAUUGAUUCAUGGGACAACACGGUCGUCUAAAAUGGCCAAGCGACAAACGUACGAGUUUUUCCUCGUUGGCAAUGUCAAAGACAGGGUGUGCGUCAUCAUAGAUGAUAUAAUCGACACAGCAUACACCAUCACUAAAGCAGCCAAAAUGUUGCAUGAAAAUGGUGCCACUCAAAUUUAUGCAUUGGUGACACAUGCUGUGUUUAGCGGUGAUGCUUUGGAUCGAAUCCAACACAGCUACCUGGAUCGUGUCGUUGUCAGCGAUUCAAUUUACCAAAAUCAAUGUACCAUAUCAUGCGACAAGAUAACAACUUUCAGUAUUGCACCGCUACUUGCUGAGGCGAUGAGACGUAUUCAUUAUGGCGAAAGCAUCCAUGUUUUAUUUGAUUCAGCAUACAAAUUAUUCUAG